CUAAGCGCGGCGCCCCCGACUCCUCACUCGGCUGGGUUCGGGCAUUUCCGCCUCUUUGUUUUAAACUCCGCACGGCUUUUUUCUCCUCCUCUUGGGGGGGACCCAGAGGGAGCGGCGCCCCCUCCCCCUCCCGGCGAGCCCCCGCGUGCGCCCGCUCGCCCGCCGCCCGAGACGCAGAAUGACAGAUGAGGGUGGCCAGUGCUCUGCUUAGGGUAAGACUUCACGAUGUAGCCCCGAUUCCAGGCUAUCAUUCACAGAAAAUGGAAAAGGAACAAGGGACAGAAGGAAGGUGCAGAAGCCCGCCAGAACUCAGAGUAAGGAGGGAUCACCACAUCCACUUGGUGGCCUGAAGCCUCCAUGCCACCGGGUGAGGAAGGACUCACAGACAUCCAGAGGAGAAGCCAAAGAUGUUGACCAGGAAGAUUAAACUCUGGGACAUAAACGCCCACAUCACUUGCCGCCUGUGCAGCGGCUACCUCAUUGAUGCAACUACAGUGACUGAGUGUUUGCACACAUUUUGCAGGAGCUGCCUGGUGAAAUAUCUGGAGGAGAAUAAUACCUGCCCCACUUGCAGGAUCGUGAUCCAUCAGAGCCACCCGCUACAGUAUAUCGGUCAUGACAGAACCAUGCAGGACAUUGUUUACAAGCUGGUACCAGGCCUCCAGGAAGCGGAAAUGAGGAAACAGAGGGAAUUCUAUCACAAACUGGGCAUGGAGGUACCAGGUGACAUCAAGGGGGAGGCGUGCUCAGCAAAACAGCACUUAGAUCCCCGCAAUGGUGAAACCAAAGCAGACGACAGUUCCAAUAAAGAGACAGCAGAAGAGAAGCAGGAGGAGGACAACGAUUACCACAGGAGUGACGAGCAGGUGAGCAUCUGUCUAGAAUGCAACAGCAGCAAACUGCGGGGCCUGAAGCGGAAGUGGAUCCGAUGCUCAGCCCAAGCAACAGUGCUGCACCUGAAGAAAUUCAUCGCCAAGAAACUCAAUCUCUCCUCCUUCAAUGAGCUGGACAUUUUAUGCAACGAGGAGAUCCUGGGCAAGGACCACACUCUCAAGUUCGUGGUUGUUACGCGGUGGAGAUUCAAGAAGGCGCCCCUCCUGCUACACUACAGACCCAAGAUGGACUUGCUGUAAGCCCAGCCAGACUCAGCCCACACCCAGUGCUCUACACGGCAAAAUGUGCCGUGGAAUGUUGCCUCUGGGUGCCAUGUGGACCAGAUUUCUGAAUAGAGAAUAUUUAUAACUUUUGUAUGAGAGAAUCCACUCCCAACAAGACACUACCAGCACGUGUUUACAGAGGAUGAAAACACUUCACAGUUCGCUCCUCUCUGCUUCAGGUCCACAGGCCAGAGAACAAGUGAAUCCGUGACCACACGCAGCGCCUCUGCUUGCUUUCCAGGGCUUGAGAAUCUGAAUUCCUUUUGGCUUAAUUUGUGGAUUAGGUUUCAUUAUUAAUAAGCCUCAGAAACACUUGGGCUUUCAUUAAGUCCUUCCUAAGUUAUUGAAAGUCUUUUCAUGGUAUAUAUUUAUGUUGCCUUUAGCUUCCUGAAGACUGAAGAGAUAUAUAAAAAUUUAAUUUAAAGUAUACCCAAAGAGGCUUGCAGUAAUACUAUUAUUUAGCCAUGCUAUUUAAUUUCCCACCUUCUAGAGUACAGCAGAGGUCCAUUCCCAAAUUAGAGUCUUGUACUGUGUAUCCUGGCUGGGCAAGGGGAGACCCUGCCUCAGUCCCCAGCGUCUUGUGGCUGCAGUUUCGUCCCCUCCGUAAGGCAAGUCAGGGGUGAAAUGGCUGGUGCAGCGCUGGCUUGCUGAAGUCAUCCCGAAAGUUCCUGCCUUUAGCUUUCUGUUUUCCUUCCACUGGCAAGAUGUGGUGGUGGCUGUUUGUCUUUCCAAACAGCACAAGCCCUCCUGUGGGGAGACCUUGUAAAGGCACUUGGGAGGUGAGGCUGUCUUUCCAAACAGCACAAGCCCUCCUGUGGGGAGACCUUGUAAAGGCACUUGGGAGGUGACCUCUAACCUCCGUGUUCCUGGCUUGCCUUUCUGCUCACGGGGUUAACAUCUUUUUUUUUUUUUUUUUUUUUUUUUUUUUUUCCCCUUUUUCAUGAAAAGUAACUGAGCAACCUGCUCAGCAGACAUUUUUCAGGAUACUGUUUGUGAACUUCCCACUUCACGUGUAAUUUAUUUGGUUUGGUUUGGUUAGAGAUAAAUGCCAGCAUAUCCAACUUUGUUCUCUCUUAAGGGGUAUGAAGGCAAGAGCAAGGAGAAGGGAUAAUGGCCUGGGGUUCCCAGGGACCUCUCUCAGUCACUUCCUGCCCUCCCAGGCCCCGUGGGAAUCGUAGAACCCUGUAAUCCCAGGGUUAGCUCUGCUCUUGGUGGGCAGAGGAGGAUCUUAGUGUGUCCUUGGGGCCAGGCUUUCUGUGUCUUCACCUUAGCAACUGGAAUUUUUCUUGCAUUGCUUUGACGGUUGGGAUUGGGUUUAUCAGUGCCCACUCUUCUACUUCCUCUUUCACUCACACAGCGUCAGAAGCAGCGACUCGUGAGCCCUAAUGUCCCUAAGGAUAGAACAUCCAAAUUAACGGAAUCCUUAAUGUAUGACCUUGUAAAACAAAAGCAAGCUCUUUGUUUGGAAUUGAUCAAAAUUCACCUCUCUAUUUGAGACCAGGACUGUUUGGAUUGUCAGUUUCCUGAGUUUGCUGUUCAUCCAAAUCAUUUCUAGAGUUACUACACAAGGGUUCAUGCGUAAAUAUUACCUGUCUACCUCAGAACACAAGUGCUGCUGAAGCAUCCGCAAGACCGUGUUCUCACCAUGCAGUUACAUUAGAAUCUAGGUAUUUCCCAUGUGGUGAAACUAAAGAAGACUUAGACAGUUAGAGGCCUCCAAAUUAAAGUUAAUUUACAGUUCAGAUCAAACUUAGUAUGGCUGUAUAAUCUCAUGAUCUAUAUUUGUAACUUUGUAGCUACUUUUAGAAUCACUGACUUUGCUAUGGUGCUAAGUUGAUAGCUCUAAGUAUUCAGCGAGGCGGACAUCGCAACUGAUGUCCUAGCUGGGCGCCGCCGCCCCAACAGCCCUGCUUUUGUCACCACGUUAACCUGAUCAACCUCAGCAGCAAAAAUACCUAUUUUUCUAAGAUUCCAUCAUGCGCCUGUCUGCUCUGCAGGCAGCUUUCCGAUGCCCUUCCGCCCUCUGGUCUGACCUGUAGCCUUACCUCGCUCCUAGAUGAAGCAGAGUGAGCUUGCGUCAGAUGGAAGCUCUGGGCGCCUCGUUUCACUCCUGCCAAGCUCCAUGUGACAUCCAAGGCCGAAUUUUAUUUUUCCAGCAUGAACACGAGGAUCAGUUAGUGAUUGGUCCUGUCCAGCUUUCUCAGCAGGCGGAGCUCCUGUGAAGUUGUUUUCAUAGCUGCCGAUGCUAAAAACCCGAUGCAUCCAACCGGCAGCCCCGGGACCAGCCUCCCAGCACGUGGUCUCGCUCAGUACCAUUUUCACGAAAAUAGAAAUCUCAGAUAGAAUAUAUAAUAUUGAAUUUAAGAUUUGGGGGGUUAAAAAAAGAAAACUUAACUUUAUAAAAUUAUUUAUUCUAUUUUAAGCCUUCUAUCAUAUUUUCCCAUCCAGUUGUUUGGUUUCUGUGGUCCAGCUUUAUUUACAGGCAUAUAAGAUAAAAUUGUGAGAUGUUUUGCAAGCUUCUUUUACUUUUUGUAGCCUUUGGUUUGUAUGUUUUUAUAGGGAUGAAGAGCAUUUUUAUGCUUUUGUGCAAUAGGUUCCAACAUGCAUUUAUUAGAGUGUGUUUAAAUUGUGAUCUAGCAUCGAUUCUACUAAAUUGAAAGGGAAUAUAGGUGGAAUUUCGAUAUCUGUGCAUUCAGCUAUUUGGUUUUGCCUUUUUCACUGUUAUUAUAAGAAUGCUGUUAGAGAGAGAGAGAGAGAGAGAGAGAGAGAGAGAGAGAGAGUGUGUGUGUGUGUGUGUGUGUGUGUAUGUGUAGAUAUGUUCCAUCAAUAUUAAAAGAUAAGCAGCCAGGCAGGAAGUGAUGAGGUUGGCACCAUGCUAGGCUUGUGUCUCCUGUGGGCAAACCCAGUCCUUGAGCUGAGGCUGUGACUGGGCCAUCCUGGGGGUUGGGAUUUCAUCGUCUCCCCACCUAUCAACCUGGCAGUGCUGACCUUUAGGCCCCUGAUGCCUGCCCUGCCAUCAGAAUCUUUGGAGCCUGGUGUAUUUUGUUUCUGAGGGCAUACAGGGUGGUGUAUCACAGUGCUCUGAAGUGUAUCGUUAGCUUAAAUGUUCCACGAAUGAGCCAACUGAGUUCUGCUUUGUAUAUGGAUAUUGAAUAUGCUUCUAAAACACUGAAAGUAAAUUUAGUGCAGAUAGCGAAAUCUCAAUCUCUCUCUCUCACACACACCAUACACACACCACCACCACACACACAAUAUGUCUGUUUCCUCAGGAAAUCAUUUAAACCCCAACACAUCACAUGUGACCUUAACCUGAAAACAAAAGUUUUCUCUGCCUUGGUAUUAAAUACACCAAGUAAAUAAACUGGGAUACAUAGAUUAGGAAAUCCACUUAAUUGUACCACAGUCUGCACAUCUUCAUUCCUCCAGGUAGGAAUUACUACCAUUCAGGCUCCCAUCAGAAACAGCUGUGUGGGACUGUGGUCCUCACGCCCAGUGUUCACACCUGUUGUCCCUUACUCCCACCCGAGAGCACAUUUGGAGAAAGAACUGAUGUGUGUACCACAGUAGCAUGUGUUAGUUCCGGUUCUCAGCUUGUACCAGACAUUUUCCCCAAGUGAAGGUCACAUCAGGUCACAGACAGCAGCACCAUGUGCGCCCACCUUGGAAUGCAGCCACAGCUAACAACUGUCAUGGUGUAUGAAAUGAUGCAGAUUCAUAUUUUUGACUGUUUAAUUUGAAAGUUUACAUUUUUAUGAUUGUGUUAGUGUGUAAUUUUUGUACCAUCAAGUGGCUAGUUUUUGUCUGAAAUCUUUUUUGGAAUAUUGCUUAAUGUUUUGAUUUCACGAUAGUGAAGCUUGUAUUCAGUGUUUUGCCAAUUAAUAUUAUAUGCUUGUAAUAAAAGCAGAAGAAAAACUUAA